AUGUGGGUCCCAGUGCAGUCCUGGGUGAGUGGACCUGCUUAUCUGGUUCCUGCCCUGAUCACAAUGCUGGUUGCAGUUAUUGGCAAUGGCUGCCGUGUGCCCAGCAAUGGCGUUUUAACACUGAACACGGAGAACACUAAUUAUGCCUACCAAGUUCCAAACUUCCAUAAAUGUGAAAUCUGUCUGCUGUCUUUCCCAAAAGAGUCCCAGUUUCAGCGCCACAUGAGAGAUCACGAGCGGAAUGACAAGCCACACCGAUGUGACCAGUGCCCGCAGACAUUUAACGUGGAAUUCAACCUGACUCUCCAUAAAUGCACCCACAACGGGGAAGACCCCACCUGUCCUGUGUGUCAUAAGAAGUUCUCCAGGGCGGCGAGCCUCAAAGCCCAUAUCAUGCUGCACGAGAAGGAGGAGAACCUCAUCUGCUCCGAGUGUGGGGACGAGUUCACACUGCAGAGCCAGCUGGCCAUCCACAUGGAGGAGCACCGGCAGGAGCUGGCUGGCCGCCGGGCACACACCUGUAAGGCCUGCGAGAAGGAGUUUGAGACGGCCGCCCAGCUCAAGGAGCACGUGAAAACGCAUUACAAAAUCAGGGUCUCAGGUACCAGGUCUUACAACCGGAACAUCGACAGAAGUGGAUUCACGUACUCAUGUCCUCACUGCGGGAAGACCUUUCAGAAGCCGAGCCAGCUGACGCGACAUGUCAGGAUACACACAGGUGAAAGGCCAUUUAAAUGCAGCGAGUGUGGAAAAGCUUUUAACCAGAAGGGGGCGCUGCAGACGCACAUGAUCAAGCACACAGGUGAAAAGCCCCACGCCUGUGCCUUUUGUCCUGCCGCCUUUUCUCAGAAAGGAAACCUCCAGUCCCAUGUACAGAGAGUUCACUCGGAGGUGAAGAACGGCCCCACCUAUAACUGUACCGAAUGUAGCUGUGUAUUCAAAAGCUUAGGCAGCCUGAACACUCACAUCAGCAAGAUGCACCUGGGCGGACCCCAGAACUCGGUGAGCACAGAGCCCACGCCCGUGUUCACGGCCACACUCUUUCAGACUUUGCCUCUUCAGCAGACGGAAGCCCAGGUCACAUCCUCGUCCAGCCAGCAGGGCUCGCAGGGUGUCACCGACGUGAUCCAGCAGCUCCUCGAGUUGUCAGAGCCAGGCACCGGCGAUGCCAGCCCGUCGCCCCAGCCUAGCCAGCAGCUGAGCAUCACGGUGGGCAUCAACCAGGACAUCCUGCAGCAAGCCUUAGAAAACAGUGGGCUGUCUUCAAUUCCAGUUGCAGCUCACGCGAACGACUCCAGCCACACCAAGACGUCCACAACCCAGAUCCAGAGUCCUGACGUCACCAGUGUGUCUGGCGAGCAGGCGGAGCCUACGGACACCGAGCAAGAGAAGGGCCAGGAGAGCCCAGAAAAGCUGGACAAAAAGGAGAGGAAGGUUGUGAAGAAGAAGUCACCUUUCUUACCCGGCUCGAUCCGUGAGGAAAAUGGGGUGCGGUGGCACGUGUGCCCAUACUGCACCAAGGAGUUUAAGAAGCCCAGUGACUUGGUGCGCCACAUCCGUAUCCACACUCACGAGAAGCCCUUCAAGUGCCCGCAGUGCUUCCGGGCCUUUGCUGUGAAGAGCACCCUGACUGCCCACAUCAAGACGCACACGGGCAUCAAGGCCUUCCAGUGCCAGUACUGCAUGAAGAGCUUCUCCACUUCAGGAAGCCUCAAAGUGCACAUCCGCCUGCACACAGGUGUUAGACCUUUCGCUUGUCCUCACUGUGACAAAAAGUUCCGUACUUCAGGCCACAGGAAGACACACAUCGCCUCUCACUUCAAGCACACUGAGCUCAGGAAGAUGAGGCACCCACGCAAACCUGCCAAGGUCCGAGUGGGCAAGGCCGGCACUCUGGUGCCCGACAUUCCCAUGCAGGAGCCCAUUCUCAUCACUGACUUAGGUCUUAUCCAGCCCAUUCCAAGAAACCAGUUUUUUCAGAGCUAUUUUAAUAACAAUUUUGUAAAUGAAGCAGAUAGACCAUACAAGUGUUUUUACUGCCAUCGAGCAUAUAAGAAAUCAUGCCACCUUAAACAGCACAUCAGGUCGCACACAGGUGAGAAGCCUUUCACCUGUUCGCAGUGUGGCCGGGGCUUCGUGUCCGCGGGAGUGCUGAAGGCUCACGUGCGCACCCACACGGGGCUGAAGUCUUUCAAGUGUCUGCUGUGCAACGGCGCCUUCACCACAGGCGGCAGCCUGCGCCGGCACAUGGGCAUCCACAACAGCUUGCGCCCCUACAUGUGCCCCUACUGCCAGAAGACGUUCAAGACCUCGCUCAACUGCAAGAAGCACAUGAAGACCCACAGGUACGAGCUAGCCCAGCAGCUGCAGCAGCGCCAGCAGGCUGCCUCCGUCGAUGACAGCACCGUGGACCAGCAGGGCGUGCACGUGUCCACCCAGGUGCAGGUGGAGAUCGGGAGCGACGCGUUGCCGCCGCCGGCUGAGGCGCUUGCCCCGAACCCCGAGGCCAUCCUGGAGCUGGGUCCGCAGCACGUCGUGGGCACGGAAGAGGCUGCGCUCGGCCAGCCACUGGCAGACCAGCCUCUGGAAGCGGACGGAGAUAGGUUUGUCCCUCAGCAUCCUUUGCCGGGGAGCGUGGACCAGUUUGAGCAGCAGACUCCUGCAUCGCAGGCCUUUGAGCCGGCAGCCUUGUCACAAGGUUUUGCAGUAACUGACACAUACAAUCAGCAGACUCAGUUUCCUCCUGUCCAACAAUUACAAGACUCCAGCACCCUGGAAUCACAGGCCCUUUCCAGCAGUUUCCACCAGCAGAACCUACUGCAGGUCCCCAGCUCAGACCCCAUCAACGUGACUAACCCUUUGACCCAGGAGCCAGCCAGAGAGGAGUUGGACCUGCCCACCUCACAGCCUCAGUUUCUGGAGGACAGCGGGGACCACAGCCGGCGCUCCUACAGGUGUGACUACUGCCACAAGGCGUUUAAGAAGUCCAGCCACCUGAAGCAGCACGUUCGCUCCCACACCGGCGAGAAGCCAUACAAGUGCAAGCUCUGCGGGCGGGGCUUCGUCUCCUCCGGGGUUCUCAAGUCCCACGAGAAGACACACACAGAGGUGUUCGUGGAGGAAGAGGAGGAAUGUCCUGAGAGGGGCGCAUCCAGAAAAUCUCGGCCCGAGGUCAUCACCUUCACAGAGGAAGAAACGGCUCAAUUAGCCAAAAUUCGGCCGAGGGAGAGCGCCACUGUCUCGGAAAAGGUUCUCGUCCAGUCGGCCGCAGAGAAGGACCGCAUCAGUGAAAUGAAGGACAAGCAGGCUGAGCUUGAAGCAGAGCCUAAAUACGCCAACUGCUGCCCCCACUGCCCCAAAAGCUUUAAGAAGCCCAGCGAUCUGGUUAGGCAUGUUCGAAUCCACACCGGAGAAAAGCCAUACAAGUGUGAUGAAUGUGGAAAGAGCUUCACGGUGAAGUCCACACUUGACUGCCACGUGAAGACCCACACAGGUCAGAAGCUCUUCAGCUGCCACGUGUGCAGCAACGCCUUCUCCACCAAGGGCAGCCUGAAGGUGCACAUGCGUUUGCACACAGGCGCCAAGCCCUUCAAGUGCCCGCACUGCGAGCUGCGCUUCCGCACCUCGGGGCGCAGGAAGACGCACCUGCAGCUGCACUACAAGCCAGACCCUCGGAGGGCGCGGCGGGCGGCGGCGCGGGGCUCCCCCGAGGGCCUGCCCGCCGGGAGCCUGCUCAGCCCCUCCUCCGCCGACCCCGGCGUGUUCAUCAUGAACAGCUCCGUCCUCGCGGGCCAGUUGGAGCAGAACCUGCUUCAGCAGGGACUUGUGGGCCAGGCCAUUCUCCCCGCCUCCGUGUCUGCUGGUGGGGACUUGACCGUGUCGUUGGCAGACGGGGGUCUGGCCACCCUUGAGGGCAUACAGCUGCAGCUGGCUGCCCACUUGGUCGGGCCGAACGUCCAGAUCUCUGGGGUCGACGCCUCCAGCAUUAACAACAUCACCUUACAGAUCGACCCGAGUCUCCUGCAGCAGACUUUGCAGCAGGGUAACGUGCUUGCCCAGCAGCUGACAGGGGAUCCUGGCCUGGCCCCACAAAGUGGCCCACUCCAGACCUCAGACAGUGCCGUCCCAGCCAGCGUGGUCAUCCAGCCCAUCUCGGGCCUGUCCCUGCAGCCCUCGGUGACGUCGGCGAACCUGACCAUCAGCCCGCUGUCCGAACAAGACUCCGUGCUGACCACCAGCAGCAGUGGGACCCAGGACCUCUCUCAGGUGAUGACCUCUCAGGGGCUCGUGUCCACAUCCAGCGGUCCUCAUGAGAUUACCUUGACCAUUAACAACUCCAGCCUGAGCCAGGUUUUGGCUCAGGCGGCCAGCUCCUCUACCACGUCGUCCUCGGGGUCCCCGCAGGAGAUCACCCUCACGAUAUCGGACCUAAAUGCCACCUCAGUGAGCCUGCCUUCUACCACACCUGUGUCUCCGUCCACCAUAUCCACGCAGAACCUGGUGAUGGCAUCGUCAGGGGUGGGAGGUGAUGCCAGCGUCACACUCACGCUGGCUGACACUCAGGGCAUGCUCUCCGGGAGCCUCGACACAGUGACACUGAACAUCACCUCACAGGGGCAGCAUUUCCCAGCGUUGCUCACAGACCCAUCCCUCUCGGGCCCAGGCAACACAGGCUCCCCGCAGGUAAUACUCGUGAGCCACACGCCACACACGCCCUCCACUGGCUGCGAAGAACUGACUUACCAGGUGACUGAUGUCUCUCCGCACCUGGCCAAGGGAAGCCCACUGGAGAAGGAGAGCCGGGCACACCCGUGCAUGGAGUGUGGCCGGGCCUUUCCGUCGGCGGCCGCGCUGCUGCAGCACAGCAAGGAGGUGCACGGCCGGGAGCGAGUGCACGCCUGCCGACUCUGCAGCAAGGCCUUCAAGCGUGCCACGCACCUCAAGGAGCACAUGCAGACACACCAGGCCGGCCCAUCUCUGAGUUCACAGAAGCCUCGUGUGUUUAAGUGCGACACCUGUGAGAAGGCAUUUGCCAAACCGAGCCAGCUUGAGAGACACAGCCGUGUCCACACAGGGGAGCGGCCCUUCCGGUGCACGCUCUGCGAGAAGGCCUUCAACCAGAAGAGUGCACUGCAGGUGCACAUGAAGAAACACACGGGUGAGCGGCCCUACAAGUGCGAGUGCUGUGGCAUGGGCUUCACACAGAAGAGCAACAUGAAGCUGCACAUGAGACGUGCACACAGCUACGCGGGCUCCCUGCAGGAUGCCACCAGCCACCCCGAGCAGGACGGCACCCUGCACUUGGAGGUGCAGGAGCCGGCCAGUGAGUGGCAGACCCUGGCCAACGUGUUCUGA